GCGGCCACAGUGCCGAUGCCAAGUUUAACUGCUCAGUUAUCGACGCACUUUCGCUUUGUGAACCCGUUUAAUAAUGUGUACAUUUUGUUAAUAACACAGAUGGAGUUGGGCGUAGUCCUGUCGCGGGAGGGGGCGCAGCCCUGGGGCUUCCGGCUCAUCGGGGGCACCGACUUCAAGAUGCCCCUAACUGUUGUUAAGGUCCUGCCAGAUUCGCCAGCAGAGAGAGCGGGGCUACAAAACGGCGACACAGUUGCGCGAUUCGGCGACAAAAUCACUGACGAUUUGACGCACGACGACGCGCGACUAAUCGUCGACAGCGCCGAUUUGUCUCUCAGACUUCGUGUGAAGCGCGGCCUCUACGAUCCAGUUCUGGACAAUUACGAGCCGAUUUACGAGGACAUAGACCAGAUAGAGCGGGCCGAUACCGACCAACCGUCGCAGCCAACUGAGGUACUCGACACCUUCCAAAUCCAGCAGUUCUUGGAUCCAAACCAGGACAUCUUCCCUUCAAAAGACGUUACUGACGCUCCUAAACUAUCAGAAUCAAGGUCCUUAACUGCUUCACCUUUCGCCCUUAAUGCUAAGCCUUACCGACCAUUUUCCACUGAUCCACUACCACAAAUACCGCCUUUAGAAGACCCUAUUAUUCUUAACCCUAAUUAUAGCGAUGAAUUCGGAAAAAUACUAGAUGAAUUCGAUGAUCUAAAAGGAAAAUAUGAAAGCAGAUUCAAGCUACCAAUUUCAGAGCAGUAUGAUCCUAAUUGGGAGAAGAAAGAGAAAAACAGACAGGAAAAAGGUAAAAAGGCCAUUGAAGUAACUGAAAUAGAAACUAAAAGAGUAUGCAAAGAGACUGUAAUAAAAACAGAUGUGUAUGAAAUCAUUUCUGAUAAGAAAGAACAGAUGGUAAAAGAAGAUGUAGCGUUUAUGAAGAAGAUGAAACAAGAAAUCGAUUUAGAUAAAAUUGAAAUGACGGCUACUAGCGUUGUUGAUGAAAGUAUUGAAAAGGCUAAGAUCGUUGCUGAACAGAUUAAAAAAGAAAUUGAUGUAGAACUUUCCGACAACACCAGUUCGGAAGUUCAAUCUAAAACUAUGGGAGAUUCAAAAAUUUAUUCAGAAACCAAAUCUGAAUUCUUAGAAACAUCACAAGUUUCAAUCGAGAAAAUUGAUAAGCAAUCUGAACAUGAAGAUCUUGGUAUUGUCAAACGAGAACUAUGUACAGUAGAUAAUUCUAAGGAAUCAAAGGAAAUUUCUGAUAAAGUUGAAAAUAAAAUUGAAGUAAAAGUGGCUAAAAAUGUUGAAAAAUUUGAAGCAAUUGAUGUUGAAGAUCACAUAAGCGAUGAAAAGAAAAAGUCAAUCCAGAAAGAAGUAGAAGAAGUAAUAGAAAUCGGAACCGUGAGGAGAAAAUCAAAGAUGUUUGAUAAUGAGGACACAAAUAUAGAAACAAAAGUUAAAACUAACGUAAAAGCCGAAGAGUCCGCAGAAACUGGGAAAGUUAAAAGAAAAUCUAUGAUUUUUGAUAAAGAAGAAACUGUUUAUGAUUCCAAAAUCAAAUCUGACGUAGAUACACAAAUCGGACAAGCCAAAACUGAUAUCAUUAAUGAAAAUAUUAAAUCCGUCUCGAAUAAAACGGACAAAAAAACAUUUGAAACUAAAGUAAGCGCUCAGGCAGAACAUAGGGCAUACUCAAUUGGCUUAAAAACUAUACCGAAUAUCAGAGGAACUGUACAUUCUUCCUAUCAUUAUCACUUACUGCUUCAAACCUUUUUCUUACAUCUCACUGACGUCAUGGUUGCUUUGUCUAGAUUUAUUUUAACUGAACCAGUGUUCAAUAAAGUUGAAAAGAAAAGUGAGUCAGUUUCCACUCAGCAAAUGAGUUCAACUGAGUUUGAAACGGAAUGUGUUUCAAAGAAAUCCGAGGAUUUCAUAAAAGUAUCUGAAUCAAAGUCUGCUGAAAAACGGGUAGACAUAACAGAUGGUAGUUUUGUUCGAAAGGACAAAAUAGAUAACGCAGUACAAGAAAAGACUCGAUUGAAGGGCGUAAAUGAAGACAAAAGGGAAACUGAAGUUGUAGAAUCAACAGCAACAAAAAGUGAAGUAAAAGACAACAAUGUCGAAAUCAAAACUCAUAAAAAAGCUGUAUUUGGUUCAGAAAUGGCACAGCUUAGCGAGAAAAAAGCUGAGGGAUUGACAGUAAAAAUGGAUGCUGUUAUUACAGAAUUUGAAAAUAAAACAGGCAUAGAAGAGACAUCUGAACACCGUACAAGAUCAAGAAGUCGCAGUCAAGUUGUUGAAGAAGUGAUGAAGGAAAGUGACCCCUUGGAGUGGUUAUCUAAAGUUAACAGUUUAAAAACUCAAGAAAUUACUGAAUUUAAGACAUCAUCCACUGAGUCGAGUAGUGUAGUUGAGUCAACUGCUGCGAAAAAAGAGAUAAGUAAUGUUGUUAUAUCUGCAGCUGAAAAGAAAAUAGACAGUAGACAUGGGUCAAGGCCUAGGUCGACUACUCCUAACAAGCAAAUGUAUGUUGCUAUCGUAGAAUCUCAUGUCUACACUAAUAAAGACACUAUUCUACUCGAUCAAACCGAUAUAUCUGAAACAUCAUCAGUUGUUGAAGAAACAAUAGAUACAGAAUCUAUACAAACCGCUGUUUCUGAAAACAUAACCAAAGAAAGGUCAGAAGUUGUAAAGGAAUCUGUUAGUUUGAGUAAAGAUAAAAGACACGAUGAUGUUUCAAUUGCUAAACAUGAAGAAGCUGUUCUCCAAAAAGACGAAAAAGUAUAUAAAGAAACAAAUACUAUUACAAUGGAACAAAUUAACGCACAAGCUAUGAAAACUAAUAUACAAACUGCUGUAACUAAUAUCGACCAAGUCGAAAAACCUAUAGUUAAAGAUUAUAAAAGUAAAAUUGAAGAAGUAUGUCAAAAGUCAAAUGAGGAUAUAGAAGAUGUUAAAGUUGAAACAAUUCAAAAUGAUGUACAAUCGAAACAUACAACAGCUUUUCAGCAAGAAACUAUAGUUGAAUUGCAAGAGGAUAAGCAACUUGAAAUGAAAAUGGAAGAAGUUGUGCAAAAAUCCAAUGAAAUUAUAGUAGAAAAAGGCAAAGUUGAAUCUAAACAAAGUGAAAUUAAGAUACAAGAUAUAAUUGCACAACAGGUGGCCGAACCUAUAGUUGAAUUGUACGAGAGCAAAAAAGUUAAUAUUAAAGAAACACAGGAAAUGUCAGCUAAAAAGGAAAUCACAGAAGUAGCCGAAAAGGAAACUGUUGAAAUACAGGAGAUUGUAAACGAUUCAUUGGCAGUUGAAGAAGAAUACGAGAGUCAUGGACUCGUCGAAUUAGCGAAAGAAGAAUUAGCUGUUGUCAAAGAAGAACAAACAUUAGAACUUGAUGUAAGUGCUGAUAUCAAAGUAGACAAAACAGAAAUCAAAGAAACCAAACCACAAUUAGAGUCAGCUGCUCUGAAAAUUGUAAAAGAACAAGUUACAGAAAUUCAACCAUCGCCUGAAAUUUUAGAAAAGGAAGAAACAAAAGUUUUUACUAUUGAGAAAUCUAUUGACAUGUCAAAGGGCGCUUUUGUGGAAUCUGAAAGUAAAUUUAUUGACAUAUCCUCAUCCAGUUCGUUAGAUUCUAUUGACUUGAAAAGCAAAUCAGCUAUUCAAGAGUCAACUUUUACAGCUAAAUCAACAAAGAAAUUGGAAUCUUCAAUUAUAGCUUCAUCGAUCUCUGAAUCAGUCCAAGAGUCAUCGUUUAUUGCUAAAUCGAAUGCCCAAAAGUUAACUUUAAGAACAGAUAUAGCUCAAAAAACGAUGUUAGAACAACAAUCAUCAGUGUCGAGUGACGAUAUUAAUAAUAUAGAUACCCCUACUCCUUCCACAGUCCCUCCCACGCCUGUAACAGACGAAUACGUAUUUAAACUACAAAUUCCUUUGCCAAAAAUUAGUGGUAACAUCAUUCCUUUGGACCUCACACCUGAAGAGGAAGAAGAUAUUCAUAUAGCUAAGAAGAAACUGGUUCCACACAUUGAAACCACUCUAGAAUCCCCCGUCUUAUACGAUCCCCCUCUUCCGUCGCCUCCUGGAACCAAAGUCGGAUCCCCAGUGUAUACCAAACCCGGUUUGAGAGGAGGGAAUCUGAGUUAUUUAAGAAAGGAAGAAAUAUUGGAAAUUGAAAGAAAAUCAACGCUGCUCGCAUCAGCGAUUGACAAGACAAUAAAAAGCAUAGAAGAAUAUAAAGAACAAGUAGGAAUGGAAACGAAAAAAGACGUAGAAUUAGAAGAAUCAACAUUUAGUUCUAAAAUUGAGAAGUUAGUUAAAGGAGAAUCAACAGUUGCCGUAUCAAAAACUGAAGUAAAAAGCAAAAUCGAUGAGGAAUGGACAAAAGUUGAUAAGCAGGUAGAAGAUAGUAAUAUAACAUUGACAAAGUUAUCUAAACUUUCUGUUGAAGAUGAUAAAGUUGAAUCUAAAGUAAUUUUAAUGAACGGCGAUAAUGCUAAAGAUGCAACCGAAAAUAAAUAUGCGAAAGAAACGAAUGAACAAUUUAAGCCUGAAAAUGUAAUAAAUGGAAUGGUAAAUGGUCAUUCAGAUUCUAUAAAAGAUGAUGAUAGCUUUUGUGAACCGGUUGAAUCUAGAAUUUGCGGAGAAGAAGCUGUCAAUUACGCAAAAUUGUCUAAGCGUAAUAAAAACCUAGAUUGUACAACGAAUGGUGAAAAUGGAACAACGAAUGUGAUCACUGAUGUGGGAAUUGUUGCUUUUAAUGACGAAGGUGUGGAAAUAAUUGAAGAGAAAGAAGACCCAAUGAAAGGAUUCAGACCUGUUGUAUUUAAUCCCGAGCCUAACAAACCGAGAGUUACUGGUGUUUAUAUAGAUCUUCCUUCGCAAGAGACAGGCCGACCAUACACGACUCCUACGGGAGAACUCCUCGGAACUCAUCAGGGCAUUGUUGAUGGACUGGAGGAAGCGACUGUUGAUGAAGAAGUAGCUAAGGAACUGGGUAAGCCGGGCAUGACUGAAGAAAAGAUAGCCGAAUUGAUAUCUGGAGAAUCCGAAAUGUUGAGAGAAGCCCACGUUAUGGGACUUAGCCGCGUAAUCACGUCGCAUAUGAGCCGAGCUGUCGACAAUUCCAGCGUGGACUUCAACAAGAUCAAACCCAUUGUGGAGUCCCUCAAAGACUCCGAAGUCCUGAAGGCCUUGAACGAGGAACUGCUGAAAAAGAGUAAAGAGGAGAAGAAGAAGAAUGAGAAGAAGUGGACGACGUUUUUGCAGAAGCCGAAGAGAGCUGUGCCCAAAGUGAAGUUUGGGUAUCACGCCUAUGUGGUGCAAGAAGAGCAAAUUGUUGAGGCUCCGUACAAAGUGAAAAUAGUAAAACAACCUAAGCCUAAAAUCGCGCCCGAUUACAAACCAGAGAAUGGUCAAGGCAUGGAAUUAGUAGGAACUCAGAGUUUCGACACAGGACCCCUCCCCUGGGAAGAGAGGGCGUUGAACGAACCCCCUCCCCCGCCGGUGGAAGCUGAAGACCCCAUAUUAGUGCCUGAAGAGGUACCAGAGUUUCUGGAAGCCGUCGACCCACUGCCGGAGAGUGAAGUUCCUGAUUUAGAGGAUACUGGCAUACCCUUGCCACCGCCCAAAUCUGAGGAAGAAAGAGUCGAACCAGUUCCCGAGCCGGUUGAGGAGAGCCACGAGGAACCACAACAAGAGAAAGAGCCAGAACACCCAGUAGAGGAGAAUAAACAAGAAAUGGAGAACCGACUCGCUGAAGAAUUGGUGUCGAGCGUGCAGAAUAUGGUCGAUCCGAACGCCCCCAUAGAACAGCAGCUGGAGCAGAUGCGGGCGCAGCUGCGCGCGCUGGCGCGGCUGCCCGGCCUCGUGCAGCGCGCGCUGUGCGCGCUCAGCGACCAGCUCGGACACGCUCAGGAAUCCGUGUCGAUCCAAGCGAGCCAGCAAACGUCGGCGCCCGUGGAGGAGACUCGGCAGUGCGUACUUGUGACUGAAGUCACAGACGACGACGAGCCGACAAUCUCUGAAGAAACCGGGGAAGUUGUCCAGAAAGAACAGAAUGAAGAAAUUGAGGAAGUGAACGAAACAGUCGUAGAGAAUGUGGCAACACCGAGGCUCACGCAAGAGGAGAUGGAGAAGUUGAGGAUAGAAGAAGAGGAAAUGCUGGAAGAGCAGAGAAGAAUUGAGAAGCAGAAAAAGGAGAUGGAGCAAAUCCGUCAGGACCAGGAGUCCCGGCAAAUCAAGCAACGGCCGACCCCACGCGUGGGCAAACCCAAGCCGGUGUUCGGGAAUGGCGACCAAGAGCGGCCAUUGGUGUUACCAGGCGGCAGAAAAUGGCGCGGGCCGAAAGACGCUUACAAUGAUCAGUUUAUAGCGGAAACUCUGAGCGCUCAAGCGGAGAUGAUACAAGGAAAAGCAAUGGGGAUGUCAUUCGAAAGCGACAUACUGCCAUACGACGAAAGGAUCAACUUCCUAAAGUACGAGAAGCCGCCAGUAUCGCUGGACCACUUGCAGCAUUCGGACGUGUAUAAGCUCGUGCACAAUAUGGACCAGACGCCGCCGAGGCGCGUCGACAUGUUGACGCCUGUCGUCGCCGAGGCCGACUAUAGAGAGAAAUGUCGUUCAAUCUCCCCCUGUGCGGGCCGCGCUCAAGUUCAGCCCUGAAUAUAUAAUAAAGACCAAACUUACAAAUAGAACACGCAUGUCCAUUUAUUUAUUAUGACGACCUCGGUGGCGCAGUGGUAAGAUUCUUGCCACUGAACCGAGAGGUCCCGGGUUCGAUCCCCGGUCGGGUCAUGACGGAAAAUGAUCUUUUUCUGAUUGGCCCGGGUCUUUGGAUGUUCAUCUAUAUAUGUAUUUGUUAUAAAAUAUAGUAUCGUUGAGUUAGUAUUCCAUAACACAAGUCUCGAACUUACUUUGGGGCUAGCUCAAUCUGUGUGGUUUGUCCUGAUAUAUUUAUUUAUUUUAGUUACAUUUCAUUUUGUAUUUCUUGUUGAUUGUUUUAAUAAAUAUUGUUUCAAACUAAGAAA